CCGAAGUGCCAACACUAACCGAAGAACCUACGACCUUUCACCCAUUAAUUCCUGUCGUACGGGCUCAACCAACAUGAUGCAGCCUCUCCGACAUCUUCAACGCGCCUCUGCGCGUCCUAGCAUCCAUGAAAUCGCCCGCUCGAUCCUCUCUCCCAGCUCCCGCUGUUACUCUACCCGCCGCCCCGCGACCUCCCUCCUUACCCCACGAGCACUAUCGUCGCCUUCGCGCUCUCUAUCUACUACACUAGUCUCAAUGCACAAACCGCCAUCCCGCGACCGCGGCCCAGUUAGUGAAGAGAGCACACAGACUGACUUCUCCAACCUUGACGUCCUCGGCGGCACACCCGUGCCCAGUACCGCGAUCGACGCGUGUCUCUGGGACGGGUUCCACCUUAAUAACGGAGUGAAGAUUACGAAUGGGGCUGGUGUACUUCUGGUGAAUGGGGAGGUGUUUUCAUGGAAGCCGUGGAAUGCGAAUAGGGCGGAAGGAGAGGAGAAUAAGAGACUGGCGAACGAUAAAGGGCUGUGGGAGGUUGGGGACGAGAGUUGGGGAGUUCUGGGAAUGGUGUGGCCGAAACCUGAUCUGUUGAUUCUAGGAUUGGGACCGAAUAUGAUGCCGCUGAGUCCGGCGACGAGGAAGGCGAUUAAUUCACUUGGAAUCCAGGUUGAGAUACAAGACACGAGGAAUGCGGCUGCACAGUAUAACCUGCUGGCAACUGAAAGGGGCCUGGGUAGUGUGGCAGCCGCUUUAGUGCCGUUGGGGUGGAGAGAUGGUGUUGGUGUUGUGUCUGGAAAGGCGACAGCUGCGAAGCGUUGAAUGGAGAGUCCGACUGUAAGAUAUGCGAACAAGAGGAGACCGCCCGUUAACGUCUCCGCUGGGGAAUAUAUGGGAUAACGUGUAAAAUUUAUUAAACCUUGAAUAUAUCAUCGAAUAUAUCACCCUUCAAAGUCAUUGUAUUGUCAUGGGCCAAGGGAGAAGGCUGCGAG